AUGGCAAGCCCUAACCCGCACCCGCACUACGAAUCUUUCUCAUCCUCGACGUCCUUAUCCCGAGACCCGACACGCCAACUUUCUAUCCAGCUCGACAACGCUUCCCCGUCGACACACACCGCAACCAUGGCGACCGAGUUGACCGUCCAGUCCGAGCGCGCUUUCCAGAAGCAGCCUCACAUCUUCCAGAACUCGAAGUCUCAGGCCAAGUCCAAGAAGGCUGGUCAGACCCGCCGCUGGUACAAGGAUGUCGGUCUCGGUUUCCGUACCCCCAAGACCGCCAUUGAGGGCACCUACAUCGACAAGAAGUGCCCCUUCACCGGUCUCGUCUCCAUCCGUGGCCGUAUCCUGACCGGCCGUGUCGUGUCCACCAAGAUGCACCGCACCAUCGUCAUCCGCCGUGAAUACCUCCACUACGUCUCCAAGUACAACCGUUACGAGAAGCGCCACAAGAACUUGGCUGCUCACGUCUCCCCCGCUUUCCGUGUUGAGGAGGGUGACUGGGUUACCGUCGGCCAGUGCCGUCCUCUUUCCAAGACCGUCCGCUUCAACGUCCUGCGUGUCCUGCCCCGCACUGGCAAGGCCGUCAAGUCUUUCAGCAAGUUCUAAGCGUUGAAUUGAUCUGGGUGCUCGGAAUGGACGGAAGCGGUUUGAACUGGAUAUAAAGGAAUUUCUUGGACGGGGUUCGGGAUAGUUUACGAGUUUCCAUGUCCCAGAUACCUUGCUGAAGAAUGUGUAUCCACACAAAAAGCAAAAAUAUUUCAUCGAUCCUCCUGCCAUGGAAACCGUACACCCGCCCUGGUUGAGGGCUAUCUCCAAAAUCAUUGGGAUGAAAGUGUUCCCAGUGCCGCAUGCCGGGUUUUCUGCUCUCUUAAUCUGUUGUCAUUGAUACGAUAGGAGGAAUCGACCUUUCCGUUCCUGCAUAUUUCUGUGGUCCAUGGAAUUUUCGAGUUGUUUGACUUUGGCUUUCUAUUUGCUCGUAGACUAUAGUAGAGGACAGAACGGAGGAACACUUCCUGGUAUCGAUGCUCAUACCUGGCUUAUCUCGCGGAUCAUCUAAAGAAAGCGUGUGAAUGCGGCUAUGGCCAUGCAGUGGGCUAGCUUUGAGUUGACUUCCAGGAUCCGAAGAUUUCCGAUUUCCUGUGGAGUUUUGAAUGAAGGAUAUCUUUUAUACGAUGGAGGUAAUGGUUGCUUGGGCAUAUCUAAACAACAACGGGACCAAUUGUCCUGGUAGGCUCUCGGUCACAGCCAUUUAUAUCUAGCAAGGUACCGACGAACCUGUUCAUCAUGUCCAAAGCCAAUGAGCGUGCGACACACAAAGAACCC